UCAAUGCAAAAUUAGGAAUGACUGGAAUCCAAACUUGCUUUGACCAUAUGGAUAUGGUUCAAAAUGAACAGGAAAUAUCGCUGCUCUCACAACUACAAUCAAUCGAAGUUUCUAGGAGUUCUAUCAUUGUUUUUUCUGAAUCAUACGCUGGCUCUAGGUGGUGUCUACGGGAGCUAGAAAAAAUCAUGGAGUGUCACAGAGCCAAGGGUCAGGUGGUUUUGCCAGUGUUCUAUGGCGUGAAAAUGUGGGAAGUACGCAAGCAAAGCGGUAAGUUUGGACAUGUGUUUGAACAAAUGAUAAAGAGAACAUCAGUGCAGGAAAAAACUCAGUUGAGUUGGAGGAGAGCCCUGGCUGAGGCUGCUUUCUUUCCCGGUUGCUUUGUGCCGUCUUACAGUGAUACUGUUUUGGACAUUGAUGCUUUUGGUGAAAAAAACAAGGUAGCUGGGAUUAUUGUUGACGCAGUUCAUAUGAUACUAGGUGGUAAAUAUUUGUCCCGCCCGCGCCAUCCAGUUGGGAUUGAUUUGCAUGCGAAAAAUGUGUUUGACUUGUUGAGUUACAGUAGUGAAGGAGUUCACUUUGUAGGAAUAUGGGGAAAGGGAGGAAUUGGUAAAACAGCUCUUGCCAAAGUCAUUUACAACAGAAUGUAUGACAGUUUUGAGGUUUCCAGUUUCCUUGCAAAUAUUAAUGAUUUAUGGAUGCGGGACAACGGCAAAGAUUAUCUACUAAAACAUCUUCUUUCAGACAUGGUUAAUACAGAAGACAUGAAAAUAUAUAGCGUUGAAAUGGAAAAAAUACUUUCUCAUAAACGAGCACUUCUAGUAUUUGAUGAUGCGGGUGAAGUGGACCAACUGAUAUCGUUAUGUGGAAGUCGUGAAUGGUUUGGUCCUGGGAGUGUAAUAUUGAUUACAACUAGACAAAAGUAUUCAUAUCCUUUCCUUGAAUUCGAUUUUACAUAUGAAAUGAAGGAAAUGGACACAAGUCAAUCACUCGAGCUUUUUAGCUGGCAUGCGUUUAAGCAUUUUAGUCCUAGCGAUGGUUUCAUUAAACUCUCAAGAAAAGCAAUUACUCAUUGUGGAGGACUGCCACUGGCUCUGGAAGUUUUGGGCUCGUUGUUACUUGACAGAACAACAUCAGAGUGGAAAGGUGUAUUGAGGCUACUUGAAAGAAAUGAAAGUUAUGCAGUGUCCAAGAUGCUAAAAAUGAGCUAUGAAUUUCUAGAUGAUUAUGAGAAAAAAACAUUCCUUGAAAUAGCUUGUUUCUAUAUUGGAAAGGACAGACACAGUAUUACACAAUUAUUAAAUGGCUGUGGACUUCCUGCAGAAACCGGGAUAAGUAAACUGAUUGACCGGAGCCUUCUAAAGGUUGAUAAGAAUAACAAGCUUGAAAUGCAUGAUAUGUUGCAAAAGAUGGGAAGAGAAAUGAAUCAUUUUAAGCCAAAAUCCAAAUGCAUCCACAAUGUAUUCUUGAGUUUCAGAGGACAAGACACUCGAAGGUCUUUUACUUCUCAUCUCUGUGAUGCUUUUCAAAAUGCUGGUGUUGAUGUUUACAUGGAUGACAAACUUGAAAGGGGAGAAGAUAUCUCAUCCUCGUUGUUGCAAGCAAUUGAAGGUUCUAGAAUUUCAAUAAUCAUUUUCUCAAUAAACUAUGCUAAUUCAAGAUGGUGCCUUCAAGAACUGGAGAAAAUCAUGGAGUGUCAUAGAACUGUUGGUCAAGAAGUUCUACCUGUAUUCUAUGGUGUGGAACCGUCGGAAGUGCGUAACCAAAUCGGAACUUUUGGAAAAGCAUUUGAAGGACUUGUGCAGAGAAGCUCAGCUACCAAAGAUAUGAUUAUUAGUUGGAAAAGAGCACUCCGUGAAGCUGCAAACUUGUCUGGAUGGAAUUUAAAUAAUUACAGAACUGAAAUCAAUUUGAUUGGUGAUAUUCUUAAAACUGUUACCACAAAGCUAGAUGAUGGCACAUACUUAUUUGUCGCUGAUCACCCAGUGGGAGUGGAAUCUCGUGUGCAGGAUAUGAUUCAAUUGUUAAGUGGUAAAUUAAAUGAGGUUCUCAUAGUAGGCAUCUUGGGCAUGGGAGGAAUUGGAAAAACAACCAUUGCCAAAGCCAUUUACAAUGAAAUCAAUCAAAAUUUUGAAGGUAAAAGUUUCCUUGCAAAUAUAAGGGAAGUUUGGGACCAAGAUAAUGGCCAAGUUUGUUUGCAAGAACAACUUCUUUCAGGUAUCUUGAAAACGAGAAGGAUGAAAUUACAUAACAUUGAAUUGGGGAAAACUAUAAUAAAGGAAAGCCUUUGCCAAAAACGUGCGCUUGUUGUACUUGAUGAUAUAAAUAAUUUGGACCAGCUAAAUGCUUUGUGUGGAAAUCGUGAAUGGUUUGGUCAAGGGAGUAGGUUAAUCAUCACAACUAGAGAUGAACAUUUACUGAAUGUUCUUCAAGUGGACAAUAUAUACAGAAUGAAAGAAAUGGAAGAUAGUGAGUCUCUUGAGCUUUUCAGUUGGCAUGCAUUUAAGCAAGCUGCUCCAAUAGCAGAUUUCAUUGAACUCUCGAGAAGGAUUGUUGCUUACUCUGGAAGACUACCACUAGCCCUUGAAGUUCUUGGCUCUUACUUGUUUGAAAGGGCAAUUGCUGAGUGGGAAUGGGCGUUGUCAAAACUUCAAAUUAUUCCCAAUGAUCAAAUACAGAAGAAAUUAAAAUUAAGUUUUGAUGGUUUAAGCGAUGAUAUGGAGAAAGAUAUAUUCCUUGAUAUAUGUUGUUUCUUUAUAGGUAAGGACAGAAACUAUGUUACUCAGAUUUUAGAUGGUUGUGGUCUUCAUGCAGAAAUUGGGAUGACUGUCCUUAUAGAGCGAAGCCUUGUAAAAGUUGAUAAGAAUAACAAGCUUGAAAUGCAUGAUCUGCUGAAAGUCAUGGGAGGAGAGAUCAUUCGUGAGACCUCACCAGAGAAGCCUGAGAAGCGUAGCAGAUUAUGGUUCCAUGAUGAUGUGGUAGAUGUGAUGACAAACAACACUGCAACAAUAGCUGUCAAGGGACUGUCUUUCAGUUUACCAAAAACCAAUGAUGUUAGUUUUGAUACUAAAGCAUUUAAGAAGAUGAAGAGACUCAGAUUGCUUCAACUUGGUCAUGUUAAACUUACUGGGGAUUAUGAAUAUUUAUCAAAAGACUUGCGCUGGCUCUGUUGGCGUGGAUUUCCUUUUAGACACAUUCCUGUGAACUUUUAUCAGAAAAAGAUAGUUGCUAUUGACUUAAAGUACAGCAAUCUACAUCUAGUCUGGAAGGAGCCGCAGUUGCUGGAUAGGCUGAAAAUCCUCAAUCUGAGUCAUUCCAAAUACUUGACACGAACCCCGGACUUUUCAAAACUACCAAAUCUUGAAAAGCUAGUGCUCAAAGAUUGUCCACAAUUGUUGACGGUUCACCGGACAAUUGGAGAUCUCAAAUAUCUCAUUCUGGUAAAUUUGAAGGACUGUAAAUCCCUCAACCGCCUCCCAAGAAGUAUCUACAAGCUGAAAUCUCUGAAAUCUCUUGUUCUUUCUGGCUGUUCAAAAGUUGACAAAUUGGAAGAGGACAUCAUGCAAAUGGAAUCCUUGACAAAUCUAGUGGCUGAUAACACUGCUAUCACACAAGUUCCCAUUUCUCUAGUGAGAUCAAAAAGCAUCAAAUAUGUGUCUCUGUGUGGCUAUGAAGGAUUAUCACGUGAUGUAUUUCCUCGACUAAUUUUGUCUUUUAUGUCGCCAACAAGAAAUCCUAUGUAUCAAGUUUUUGGGAGCAUUUCAUCUUCACUUCGAAGUCUUUCACUUGGUUUAUCUGCCAAAAAUUAUGCAGAAUCAGAAUCAAGACCAAGUACAUCUCAGAUAACAUAUACAGAUACUCCCAAAUUAAUUGACUUUGAGAACUCCAUUCACAUGUCAGGGUCAGAAAAUUUCACAAGUUCUCUUGUCAUUCAAGCUGGAGAGCGCAGCAAAGCCACUGAUACUCUUACCGAGAGUAUUUCACAGAUAGCAUAUACAGAAACUCCCACAUCAAUUGAUUUUCAGAAUUCCAUUAGCAUUUCAGGGUCUGAAAAUUUCAACAGUUCUCUUGUCAUUCAAGCUGGAGAGUGCAGCAAAGCCACUGAUACUCUUAUAGAGAGCAUUUCACAGGAAUGGACUAAUGAUGGAUCUGGUGACUGUUCUUUUCCUGGUGGCAUAUAUCCUAAUUGGCUAACCUUCAAAGGAGAAGGAUCCUCAGUAUUGUUUAAAGUGCCUAAUACUGGUUGCAAGUUGAAAGGGGUGACUCUACGCAUCAUUUAUUCAUCUUCCCUUGACAACAUGGCUUCUGAAUGUGAUCUUCUUAGUAUCUUGAUAAUAAAUUACACAAAGAAUACCAUUCAGCCCUACAAGCGAGACACAACAACUUCCUUCAAACAUGAAGAUUGGCAAGGAUUGGUUUCAAAUCUUGAACCCGGGGAUGAAGUGGAGGUUGUUAUAGUUUUUGGACAUCGAUUUACUGUGAAGAAGACAAUAGCCCAUCUAAUAUAUGAUGAAUCAACCAACAAGGAUCAAAUCUAAGAGAUGCUGCGAAAUCUUGUGAAUUAACCAGGGUAAUUCAGGUUUUGGAGUAUCCCGCGGCGGAUCCAGAAAAAUAAUGAGGGUGGACACUCAAUAAGAUCUGAUCUUGAACGCGAUUUACGAGUAGCUGCCAGCUGCCUGGGUCUGAUUUAGAUCUAGAUCUAGAUUAGGUUUGAUAAUGAAGGUGGAGGAGAAAAAAAAACUCACAGGAAAAUAAAUUAGAAAGAGGGAAAUUAAAGGUGUAGGAUAUUGUAACAACCAGUGUUAUUACCAAUUAAUUUCACCGUUAGAUCAAUUAUGCUGAUCCAACGGUUAUAUUUAAUUUCAUCUUUCUAUGGUUAUGAUUCCUCAUAUUUAAUACUUUAUAUUUAUUUUCACCUUUGUAUGGUUAUGAUUUCUUAAUAUUUUAUAUUUAUUUUCACCUUUGUAUGGUUAUGAUUUCCUAUAUUUAAUGUUUUUACAUUAAAUAUGGGGAAUCAUAACCAUACAAAGAUGAAAAUAAAUAUAAUCAUUGGAUCAGCAUAAUCGAUCUAAUGGUGAAAUUGAUUGGUAUUAACAUUGAUAGUAACCUUAAUUGGUUGUUAUAAUAUCUUACCCCAAAAUUAAAUUGAAAAAACUUGAAUUUUAAGAAAAAAAUAUUUUUAUAUUUUUACAUCAUAUUUAAGGGUGGUCACUUGCCCCUUUCUCCACUAACUGGAUCCGCCUCUGCCCAUGAUCUGAGUAGAAAAUUGGGCCCAUUUAUAUACGAGUCUAAACUUUAGUUGUAUGAAGUGACGGCUAUUUGACCAUUUUAUCCUUAAUUAAAUAAAAAAUAAUCACU